CGAGACACUGGCUCAAAGUAACGGAGGGGCUGAGCGUGAGCUGAGGAGCUAGCCGGCUAGCUAGCGUUUUCUAUUGGCGUCUCUUUUUUGUUUUUAAAAAAAAAAAAGGAUUAAAAAAAGAAAACAAUUUAAGUAUUUUAUGUUAGUCAGUCAGUAUUUUUAACGUUCAGUGUUAUACCAUUAGCUCAUUAAAAUACAUUGUACAGAGUGUUUUCCUCGGUCGGACUCUCGAGUUGGCGGAAUGGAUAUUAGCUGGCCGGCUAGCUGACAAGCCACAUUCGAGCUAGCAUCAAAGUUAUCGAAACUAGCCUAAGGCGUUUUUUUUAAAGGUGGAGUUUUACUUUAUUUUAUUUUUUUUAAUAUAAUAUACAAGUUUAGUGAGAGUAGGUCACUGAGUGGCCGUUCCUAAAGUUUAGGGAAACAAACCAGAUAAAUUAGGGCUGUGAAAGCGAAGAAGGGGGAAAAGGAGCCGCGGUCUCCUCGCCUGUGUCCGGGCGCGAUGUUGUCCAACUCGCAGAACCAGCUGGUAUUCCCCAACCAGCCACAACAACAACAGCAGCACCUUCAGUUCCACGCCAAACCCGCGCUUCAGAUAAAGAAAAACGCCAUCACGGACGACUACAAGGUCACCAACCAGGUCCUGGGUUUGGGCAUCAAUGGGAAGGUGUUGGAAAUCGUUCAGAAGAAGAACGGGGAGAAGUACGCGCUGAAGAUGCUGCAGGACUGUCCCAAAGCCAGGCGUGAGGUAGAGUUGCACUGGCGAGCAUCACCCUGUACUCACAUCGUGCGUAUCAUUGAUGUAUACGAGAACCUAUACCAGGGCCGCAAGUGCUUACUCAUCGUCAUGGAGUGUAUGGAUGGCGGGGAGCUUUUCAGUCGGAUUCAGGACCGAGGGGACCAGGCAUUCACUGAGAGAGAGGCUUCAGAUAUCAUGAAGAGUAUUGGAGAAGCCAUCCUGUUCCUGCACUCCAUCAAUAUAGCACACAGAGACGUCAAGCCAGAAAACCUCUUGUAUACAUCAAAAAGACCCAACGCUGUCCUCAAGCUCACAGACUUUGGGUUUGCCAAAGAGACGACCACACUUAAUUCGCUGACCACCCCAUGUUACACUCCCUAUUACGUCGCCCCUGAGGUGCUUGGUCCAGAAAAGUAUGACAAGUCCUGUGAUAUGUGGUCUUUGGGUGUCAUCAUGUAUAUUCUGCUCUGUGGCUACCCACCUUUCUAUUCCAAUCAUGGACUGGCCAUAUCACCUGGGAUGAAGAAGAGGAUCCGCAUGGGACAAUACGAGUUUCCCAAUCCCGAAUGGUCCGAAGUCUCAGAAGAAGCCAAGCAUCUCAUCAAGAGGUUGCUAAAGACAGAGCCCUCAAUGAGGAUAACCAUAUCAGAGUUUAUGAACCAUCCCUGGAUCAAUCAGUCGAUGGAAGUGCCACAGACCCCUUUGCACACCAGCCGUGUUCUGAAAGAAGAGAAAGAUGUCUGGGAGGAAGUCAAGGAGGAAAUGACUAGUGCCUUGGCCACCAUGAGGGUGGACUACGAGCAGAUCAAAAUCAAGACCAUUGAGGACUCCUCCAAUCCACUGCUGAUGAAGAGGAGAAAGAAAGCAAACAUGGCCGCUGAAAAUCAGACAUCCAACAGCUGAGGACAGUGUUGGUCUCAAAUGCAUCCAUAUAUGUGUAGGUUCAAAAAGGUUAUAAUAAGGAAGCAAUAAUUAAUUUUGAAAAAUGGCAACAUUCGAGGGAAAGGAAAUUAAAACAGAUUUUAAUCGUCUCUCUUUUACAUAUGAUUUUUUUUCCUUUUUUUUUUUCUUUCCCUUUUCAGUUUUCUACAGAAUUCUUUUUAUUACUCAGUCUUUGUAACUAUUUAACCACUCUGUGUCAUGAAAAGGCAUUUAGAAAUUCAGGUUAUGUAUUCCUAAAAGAGCUGAUGAGUUGCUCGAUCAUAUUUUACGAUUAGUGUUUUCUCACUUGGUAUUUUGAUGUGUUGGUGGAGAGACUACAGAAGUGAAGGAAUGUUUUGCUUUUUCUGUCCUCCCCCACCCCUCCGUCAAAUCAAAGCCAUUGCUACAUUUAUCACACGCACACUUGUCACUAAUAUUUAAUUUCAUAUUAAUUUGUUUUGGAUGUGCAAACCAAGUUUCACUCCAUUUUGAUGGGUUCUUCAGUUUACAUGUGCAUUUCUCAGGUGCCUGUGAUACCGGCGGAACUCAUGCCUUAUGCAAGCUUUCUCACAAAGUGUGUCCACCCCCUACCCCUUCACCUCACUCCCCUUUCUCAGAAACACCCCUGCACUUGUAUGCGGCGUUUAAAAGGCUAAUCUGAAAAUAGGGUAAAGCUAUCAUCACUGACGUGCAGACAGAGCAAACUUGUUCGUGAAAUGACUAGAAUGUAGACGAACUCUCUUGUAGACGAACUCUCUUCCUGACUGUGAAGCUCUUGGAACACCUCUCUCACACUGCCUCUCGAGGUCCAGUCAUUCAAAGGGUUCGGCUUUCUUCAGAGAUUCACAUUUCGUUUUUAGUAGCCUGUGUUGCUGAGGUUAUUCUGCUGGUUUGACAGUGGGACAUCUUUUGGCUCCUAACUAAACAGACUCCGUUUACACAAGGAGACCUCUCUCCCGCAAGUUUUAGAAGUCUUUUACCCAGUUCACACUCAUUUUUAUGCUUUAAGCAUUCUGCAGUUUGCCUCGUCAGUGCUAUGCAUAUUACCCACCAGCUUUUUAUAUAUAUAUAUAUAUAUAUAUAUAAAAUAUAUAUAAUAUAUAUAUAUAUAUAUAUAUAUAUAUAUAUAUAUAUAUAUAUAUAUAUAUAUAUAUAUAUAUAUGCACGCUUUGGUCAGUGUUUGUUUAAAAUGAUCUAAAGUUAUACUGUUAGUUUUACACUGUUUUUGGCCCUCAUCAUUAUAAUGCACAACCCUUUUAGGAAUCAAUCAGCAUGACAAGGGAAUGUCUUGUUGUAUAUGGACACUGAUGGAUGAAAAGUUUUGUUCUUUCCAAUGGUUAUGCAUUUGUUUUUUUUUUGUUUUUUUUUGUCCAUGCUAAACCUCGUAAGAAUGAACUUAUGUGAAAACAUUUGUAUAAUAAUCAGAGAAACAUAUCCUCUGACUUCAGUCAGCAACUGUUGUGCUGUUUUUUUUUUCCUCUUUAUUUUAUAUGCCCUUUUGUGGUUGAGAUCAGGUUUAAACCACCCAAUGCAGCAUCUUGAGUACUAUGGUGGUAGAAAGUAUCUUUAUAUGUAUAGGAAAUCAUCCCAGCGAACUGCCAUUGCUGUUUUCUAUAGCACUGAUUGGCAGGAUAGUGAUUUAUCCUUUUGGUUCAUUUUUUUAAAUGAUUUUAUAUCUAAAAAUAUGGAUACAAGUUAAUGUGUUGAAAGUAUUGAGUAGAAGCAAUGGACCGCUAACAAAUUCAAAAGAUCUGUGCCCUCAUUUCCCCCUUUUUUAUUUUUGCAUAACCUUGCUAUUCAUUUAUAAGCCAUUCUCACUUUCUUCUUAUUUCCUCAGCGCAGGUUGUUUUUUUUUUUGUUUUGUUUUUUUGGGGGGGGUAUAAAUCUGACAAACAUGAUGUAGAGAUUUAUGAGUCCCAGGCUAACUUUUGCAGCACAGAACCAAAAAUGUAUUUUUAGUGUUCAGCUGCUGUACAACCAGUCUUGGUCUGCUUCAACUUUGAUUAAAACAUGAAAACAAA